GGUGGCACGUCUGAACGGCAGUGUUAUCCGGCUGCCGCUGCUCAACAUUUUGUAUUUAUUUGUUUGUGUUAACUGACACUUUGCGGCACUGAAAGAAAGGAAUUAUCCUGUCUGACUAGCGGACAACAGCGGCACGUAGACUGAGGAGACGCGAAGUGAAGAAGCGGACAAGAACAGAGAAAUACGGCGAGUUUGGAUGGGAGCCGCUAAGCUAACAAGCUAACUGUGUAUGCUUGCGGAAACUAGCUAGCCAGCCACUUAGCAUGCUGGUUAGCUCAAUCGGAGCGAGAAAUUCGUUAAUCGGAGCGAGUAAACAGCGAUAAUGACACUUUUACUGUUGUGUGGGUUUAAUGAAAUAUUCCUGGCGGUGUCGGCGAUGUUAUGUGCAGAAUGAUUACAGCUUCACCGCCCUAAUAUUUAGUAAGUGGACAACUGUAAACUGUCCGGGCAACAAGUUUGCUCCAACUUUCCAGCUCCGUUUGUGUGAUGUUAUGUUCGGAUCCGGCUCCCUGGGUGUGAAUAGAUCCAGGAAAAGCUAAAGUUAGACUGACACUUUUCAUGUUCAGGCUCUCUGGCACUGUGUUCUGUAUCACAAGCCGUUUAUUCGCUCCACGUAUUAAAUAGGAGAGGAGGUGGAUGAUCAUUUUAAAUCGCCCACAUGCGUUGGAUCAGGUCCUGGACUUGUGAAAGGCAUCUGAAGCAGAAGGUGGGAGACGUGAAACCCUUGCAGCUCGGGGGAAGAUGGCGGAGCGUUCCCGUAGGAGGUGGUGAAACCAAAACUUGCUGGCUUCUUGGAUUUAUCGCCCGGCGCCUGAGCUCAGACUAUAGGACACAUGCAGGCCAAAAAAAGGUACUUAAUCCUGUUUUUCGCCGGUGCGUGUCUCGUUCUUUUGUUCUGUUUCGGUGGAAUACAAGUCCCGCUUUCCAGACGGGGUCCCAGCCGGCGUAAUGACCGACGCCUCGCCGGGUAUCACCCCGGGCCGCGGUGGCGUCGCCUCCCUGGUUCUCUGCAAUCUUUUAGCUCCGGAGAGCAAGUCGAGAUCGACGAUCGCCACGAACACAUAUCUCCCAGGCAAAAACGGGACGCAAACCUGGGUGUUUACACUGGACAACGAUGCAGAAUGGAGUCCUGCUUUGAUUUCUCCCUGUGCCAGAGGAACGGAUUUAAAGUUUACCUCUACCCCCAGCAGAAAGGGGAGAAGAUGUCAGAGAGUUAUCAGAACAUCUUGUCCUCUAUAGAAGGGUCCAGGUUCUACACACACGACCCGGGACAGGCUUGUCUGUUUGUCCUGAGUUUGGACACGGUGGAUCGAGACCAGCUUUCACCUCAGUAUGUACACAACCUGAGAGCAAAAAUUCAGAGCCUUCCUCUGUGGAAUGAAGGGAGGAACCACAUCAUCUUCAAUUUGUACUCAGGCACCUGGCCGGACUACACAGAAGACCUUGGCUUUGACAUCGGCCUGUCCAUUUUGGCCAAGGCUAGCAUUAGUACUGAGAACUUUCGGCCUAACUUUGAUGUCUCCAUUCCUCUUUUCUCGAAAGACCACCCUAGGACAGGAGGGGAUAGGGGCUACCUAAAACAUAACACCAUCCCUCCCUAUAGGAAAUACAUGCUCGUUUUCAAGGGGAAAAGAUACUUAACUGGAAUAGGUUCAGACACUAGGAACGCUUUAUAUCAUGUCCAUAAUGCAGAGGAUGUGGUUCUUCUCACCACCUGUAAGCAUGGAAAGGACUGGCAGAAGCACAAGGAUGCACGCUGUGACAAAGAUAACGCAGAGUAUGACAAGUAUGACUACAGAGAGAUGCUGUACAACUCCACGUUCUGUUUGGUACCUCGAGGACGACGGCUGGGUUCAUUUCGCUUCUUAGAGGCCUUGCAGGCAGCUUGUGUACCGGUGAUGCUGAGUAACGGCUGGGAGCUGCCCUUCUCCGAAAUCAUCGACUGGAAUACGGCAGCUGUGAUUGGGGACGAAAGGCUGCUGCUUCAGAUCCCAUCAACAGUCCACUCCAUCCACCAGGAUAAAAUCCUGUCCAUGAGACAGCAGACCCAGUUCUUGUGGGAGGCCUACUUCAACUCUGUGGAGAAGAUAGUACUGACCACACUGGAGAUUAUUGAGGACCGGGUACGGCAGCACACCUCAAGGAGUAACCUGAUGUGGAACAGUCUGCCUGGAGGUCUCUUCACUCUGCCUCUGUACUCCACAUACCUGGGAGACUUCCCCUUCUUCUAUGCCAAGCUGGGUAUCAAGCCGUACCCUAAGUUUACAGCGAUUGUUCAUGUGGUGACACCAUUGGUCUCCCAGUCCCAGCCGGUCAUGAAGCUGCUCGUAGCUGUGGCCAAAUCGCAGUACUGUGCUCAGGUGAUCAUUUUGUGGAACUGUGACAAGUCUCUUCCUGCCAAGAGUCGCUGGCCUGCCACCUCAGUCCCUGUGAUUGUUAUAGAGGGAGAAAGCAAGGUGAUAAGCAGCCGCUUUGUGCCCUAUGACACCAUCCCUACUGAUGCUGUCCUGAGUUUGGAUGAAGACACUGUGCUCUCCACCACUGAGGUGGACUUUGCCUUCACAGUGUGGCAGAGUUUUCCAGACCGUAUUGUUGGUUAUCCAGCGCGCAGCCACUUCUGGGACAGUAACAAGCAGCGCUGGGGCUACACAUCCAAAUGGACCAACGACUACUCCAUGGUUCUGACUGGAGCCGCCAUCUAUCACAAAUACUACCACUACUUAUACACCACCUACCUUCCAGCCAGUUUGAAGGACAUGGUCGACCAGAUGUCAAACUGCGAGGACAUUCUGAUGAAUUUUCUGGUUUCAUCUGUCACCAGGCUGCCACCUAUCAAGGUCACACAGAAGAAACAGUAUAAGGAGACGAUGAUGGGGCAGAGCUCGCGGGCGUCUCGCUGGGCCGAUCCGGACCAUUUCACCCAGCGUCAGACCUGCAUGAACAAGUUUACCAGCUGGUUUGGCACCAUGCCCCUGAUCCAUUCUCAGAUGCGCCUUGAUCCGGUCCUGUUCAAAGACCAGGUGUCCAUCCUGCGUAAGAAGUACAGGGACAUUGAGAGGCUAUAACCCUGCAGAAUCUCCCCCCGCCCCUGUCAGCUGUCUGGACACGGGGCAGAGCACGCAGCCGGGUGGGGGGGGCACAAAGUCAGCAGAGUCUUUAUGACUGCAUGAACGGACUGGAGGAGCAGCUACAGGGAAACCACCAGAGGGGAGGGGAAACAAAAAACGAUAACAGACGUGAAGGAGACUGUCUGGGUCCUUCAGAAAUCUUUUUCUACUUUGAACCCUUUCACAUUGGAAGGGUCGGAUGAGGACUUGAAACGGCCCGAUUUGAAGUGGGAGUGGCGGCAGCGGCGUGAACCACCACCAACUCAAACCCACUGAAAAACAGGUUGCUAUGCAUAGGUUUAUGAACAUUUUUGCUGACAAGAGUAAUACUGAUAAUUAUGACUAUGAAGAGGAUAACACUAUUUUGGAUGUUUAGCUAUUUUUUUAUGCAGUGAGAGAAUGAUCAGAACUCUGUAUUGUCUUAAUUAAAACCAGUGGCAGGGCAGGUGGUGACAGCAGCAACAACUCCACUACAAAACUGACCAUAGUGAUCAUUGAUCUGUUUUUCGCAGUGCCUCCACUUUAUUGAACGCUGUUGGGAUUUGGGAAUCUGUAAAAAGGAAAAAAAAUUCUUGAGGUCAGCAUUCACCUUUUGCAGUUUUUUCAUAAGUGUUAUGGAAAUAUAUUUGUAUUCAAUUAAACAAAGCCAAUUUUGUGCCAAUCUGAAUAAUUUAUUAUAUGUUGUGGUCAAGGAAUGAAAUUGAACUCCUGUUUUUCCUGCACUUCAUUCACAUUUUUUAAAUAAAAACAAUCCAUCAUCCUUCCUUUUUUACCACAGAGGGGCCCUAUCUUGACAGUGUAUGGCGCACGCUCAGGUUUGGGUUUUUUUGGCACGUUAAAGAAUAGCAGUAUUUUUCUUUAUCUAUGCGCUAUUUUUAGUUGUUUUUUUUUCAUCAUUUCCAUCUGAACAAAAAUGAUUUUUAUCAGUCUUGUAUGUCCUGAGUGAAAAGAUGGGUAAAUGGUAAAUGGACUGCAUUUAUAUAGCGCUUUUCCAGCCAUAUCAGAAGCUCAAAGCGCUUUACAUUGAUGCCUUGCAUUCAUCCAUUCACAUGCA